AUGACUGUCAUUCUCUUAAGAUGGCUCUUGACUUACAACCUCGCCCACGUGGCCAGCCUUUCACUCCUCUUGGUCAACCGGACAUUCCUUCCUUCCCUUUCCUUUCAUUCAUCCCUAACCCUCUCCGCUUCUCUCGAUCUCUCCCAUGUGUCGCUACAUCGAGGUGUAGGUGAGCAAGAAGUGGGCGAUCAUGGCUCGGCGUGGAAUACAGUCCAGCAAAGUGGAGAAGUACAACGCAUAUCAUCUAAUCAAGGCAGCCAGUCAUCCUUGAUGAAAGAGAGAGCUCCUCCUUCUCGGGUUAUUUCAUGCGAUUAA